AUGUCUUUUGCACAAGAUCUGGAACAAGUCACCCCCUUCAUCCUCACCAUUGAAGUUGAAUUGAUGAAAUAUUCUGAGGGUUUCAAGUAUGCUGCCAAAUCAAGGGCAAAGAUUCAGAAGAAAGAGGGGAUUCCAUGGCAUCAACAAAUUUUGAUCAUUGAUGGAAAGAUCCUCGAGGAUGGGAAGACCAUAAAGUUGGAGGUGGAGAGCUCAAAGAACAUUGAUACUGUGAAGUCAAUGAUUCAGGACAUAGAGGGGAUUCCAUUGCAUCAGCAAAUGUCUUCUGCCUAUUCUUUCCUCUAA